AUGAGAAGCACCACGUCCGGGUCCGGCGCCCGUCUGCAAGACCACGUUCGGAAGAGCACCGCCUCCGAGUACGCGGCAAGACUCUACCUCGUCCACGUCACCCAGCAGAAGCGAUUUCCUACAUCUACAUAUCUCCACAACUUACCUAGAGACCCACCAGGCCUAGAGAGAAUCUUGGAACCUUGGAAAGACGAAGAUUUGAACGAUGAACAGCGCAGUUACUAUGCCACCCCGAUCACUGCCCACUGGCACGAGCAGUGGCCUCCGCGCCAUCACGUGUACUUUGGUUUCCCCUGCGAUAAACCUUUCGAAUAUAUCACCGCCAGGGCCAAGGAACUGGGAUCGACCAGGAAGGAUUGGGAGGAGAUUGCGGAGCAGGAAACUGUGGACUGGGGGAAUUUCUUCAUGGCGUGCAUGGACAUCCUGCACGACGUCAUAUUCGACAAGUGCCGGUUCCGGUAUCCCCCGAUGAUCAUCAGCAUGCGGGCGGGCAGCAAGGAAGGCGCCGUGGGGCUCCUCACUAUCGCCUCGAACAGGGACGAGAAGUUCGUGAAGCUGCCAAAGCGCGCACUUCGGGCCAUCAGGUGGGCCUUCGAGCUCCCGGCGGACGCCCAGCCGAUGUGGUACUAUUCUCAGGCCUACUAUGAACGGGUUGUGAUGCAUCACGCCAAGGGAAACGACGCUGGGCCGAUGUAG